AUGAACAGUGAUGCAGUGAUUGCUGCGGUUUUGCUGUUUGUCAAUUUAGACGUUGUUGAGUUUGGUGGGCGAGGCUGGAAGUAUCACCUGCAGGGAGCUGAAGAGCUCAUCAGAAUUCGGAAGCGACUUGUGAAACGCAACUCGGAAGAUUGGCUGCAGUAUUUUGACACUGCUUGUACGACCUUCGGUAUACUCGGCAGUACCCUUGUUCCGUUAAAUUCACUGCGUGUAGAACCAGUGCCUUUCGACGCUGGCUUACUACAGACACUUCGGAGAUCCGAGCAACAGACAUGGAUCGGUUGUCCGGCAGACCUACUUUUCUUACUGCACGUCAUGAAUACACUACGUGCUGUAUCAAAUCAUACUAGCCCGGCAGACCAAACCGUCACUUCAAUUCUUGAUGGCUUGGACAGUUUCUCGCCGCGAUUCUGGGCGCAAGACUUUCAGAUCCUCAGCAUCACGAAUCAAGAUAUCAUCUCGCCCAAGCAUACAAAGCGGCGAUACCAGCAAGCGAUUUCCAUAUCAAGAGCUUAG